AGCAGGCAGCCGCUGGAUCGGUGCAGCUUCACAGACACAGUCAGCUCAUACGUCAUAUUUCCGCGCCUCAUGUGCUCACUGCGAUUCAGCUGUGGAGGACAUCGAGCAUGGGACACCUUGCAGGUUUAUUAUUUUUACUCACGCCUUUAAGCUGGUGUCCAACUUGGGUGUCAGGUGCUGCGGUUCAUUCAGUGACCGCCUGCCACCAGCAGCAGGAGUUCAGGUGCAGUGAUGGCUCGUGCAUCCCGAGGCCCAGGAUGUGCGACGGGCACAUUGACUGUGAUGACGGGUCGGAUGAACAUCGCUGUGGUCACUUUUCGUGUAAAAAAGAUGAAUUUGCCUGCCGCAGCGGGCGCUGCAUAGCUCCGCAUUUACGCUGCAACGGGGUUGACGACUGUGGCGACUGGAGUGACGAGGCCUCGUGCUCCAACUGCACCGCCCCCGACUCCUUCUCCUGCGGGCCAUCCGACAUCUGCCUGCCCAGCAACAGGCUAUGCGACGGGCGGACCGACUGCACAGACGGACGGGACGAGGCUCGGCGGGUGUGCAGUCCGUCUCCACCACGUCAGCAGACCUCUGCGUCGUGCACGCCGUCGGAGUUUCACUGUGGAGACGGGCGGUGCAUCCGCCAGACCUGGAGGUGUGACCACACACCAGACUGCUCCGAUGGCAGCGACGAGGACAACUGCGAUCAGAACGAGUGCCAGGUUAAUAAUGGCGGCUGCUCUCAUCAGUGUGUGGACCAGCCGCUGGGUUUCCACUGCGACUGCCCCAACAACAUGAGGCUGGUCGGGGACAGCCGGUGUGAGGAGGUCGACACAUGCCUGGUGAGUGACGUCUGCGACCAGCUGUGUGUCCACAACAACGGCAGCCUCCCCUGCCACUGCAACAAGGACUACCAGAUGAAUCAGACUACCGGGGAGUGCAAGGCCAAAGGGGAUGAGGCUCAGCUUGUUUUCACCUCUUCUAAAGGUAUACAAUUGAUUAGCAUCACUGGCUCUGGGUACAGGGAACCAGCUCCACAUUUACCGGGACCUGGGCCUGUGGCGGCUCUGGCCUCUAACCGAACACUGUACUGGGCCAGACAAGGACGCAAUUCUCUUUACAGAGUCUCUGUGGAUGGUAAGCUGAAGGAUUCAGUGUUGGUGCUGAAACUUCAAGGUUCAGUUUCGUCCCUGGCCGUGGACUGGAUCCACCAGCUCCUCUACUGGACCAGUAUGGAGACUGGUUCUGUUAACGUUGGCCUGCUGGCUGGUUCUGCUCAGCGUCUGCUCAUCACAGGACUGGACAAACCCUCUGCGGUGGUUGUGCAUCCUCUCAAAGGGCUACUCUUCUGGGCUCAGUGUGGCUCCUCCCCGAGGAUCGAGAGGUCUAGCUUGGACGGAAGUGACAGGAUGGCUGUGGUGCUUUCAUCGUUACGCGAGCCCGUCGCUCUCUCUCUGGACAUGCCUCGUCAGCUGCUGUACUGGGUCGACCGGGGAACGAGAAGCAUCUCCAGAGUAAAUCUUGAAGGCCAUCAUCGCAAAACAGUGGUAGAGUCCAACGGUUACCUGGACCAGCCGUUUGGACUGGCUGUGUUUGAGGGUUUCGUAUAUUGGAGUGAGGAAGUGACUCGCUCCAUCUGCCGAGCCAGCAAGCACAACGGCGCCAAACUCCAAGUUCUGCUUUCAAACGUCACUUCACCGGGCGGGGUGCUCGUCAUUCAGCCUGUUCUCCAGCCAAAAGGCCCAGCUGAAUGCGGACUCACAGCCACGGUGUGUGAGCAUGGGUGCGUUGUGGACCCGCUGACUGAGAGUCUAGAGUUCCACUGCACUCCCUCAGACGCGACAUUUGCUGGAAUCCUCUCUCUUAUCAUGUUUCUCAGUGUGCUGCUGGUGGGGAUGGCUGUGUGGUCGUGCAGAGAGGAGUUCAGGCCGCCCAGAACGCUCACGGAGCAGAGCUUCUACCUCAAAGAGUCCCAGGACCCGCUUAUCACCCAGGGGGCGCACACUGGUCCAGAACUGUGUCUCGUCAAGGAAACUCUGCUUAAGCUGGACUUGGACGUUAAAAAUGAAGAAGGUGUGACACAGAUGGCCAUCUGACUUCCUGCCUCUGCACACACUGGCCUCAAGGUCGGCGGGUUAAAAAAACAAAAAUGACACGUUGGUAAAUGACUAACUUCUGUUUAGAAGAAGCUUUAGUUUGAACCAUGCUGCCUUCAGUUGUUUGAAAAUGAUGAUUUUCGUUGUUCUUUUUUUAGGGGAUUUGAGUCUUCUUUUACAAACCCUUCUUUGAGCAAUCUACCACAGCAGACAUUUCCUUUUAUUUACCUGAUGUCUGGCAAGUUGCAGCUUCUGCUUUUCUUUGUUUUCUACAACAGUUCACUAAAUACAUUUUUCAUUCUGUUUUUUAUCAGUUCAUCCAACGUUCAGUACUUUUUUCUGCAGCCUGAAUGGUUGAUUGGGUUAGUUGAAUUGAGUAACCGUGGCACUGCAGAUUUUAGUAGCACUUUCCCUCUCAACAUGCAUUUAAUAUUGAUGGCAUCAAAAGCAAUGCAAUAUUACGUUUUUAUAGUUUCAGGGUGGUUGAAACUGUUCAGGAACGAUUUGAGAGCUUUAAUCCCAUGCCUAGUAACUCUGUUUGUCUUCCUUUUACGGGUUACCUUUAGCCUACAGUAAAUGCAGGUUAGGGUAAGCACACAAUCGGCUGUAAAAUGUAAUGCAAAGUCAUAAGCCGGCAGCGGUUUUAGUGAUGCAGCAUUAAUGCUCCUAUAACCUUUUAUUGUUGUCUAAAAGUUCCUUGAAAUGGCCUUUAAAAACUUCAGGCAAUAGGACAAUACUGUAGAUUUGAUUCUCAAAGUGGACUACACAUCUAGAAUUGUGUCAUCGUAGCGCACUCUAAAAUCAUUAAGUUAAUGGUACAGAUGUUUCCUUUGUUGAACUCUGACUUUUUACUUAAUACUGAACUACUGCUCUUUUUCUGUCUUUAAAUGUUGCUAGAAAUAAUCUGGUACUACAAUAAGUAACAAUGUGUUUUCUUAUGUGAUGUUUGGUUUUGCUCUGUAGCACAGAGCCUGUGUGAAUGAUCAAUCUGCCUUAGUUGAUUCAGUGUUCUAUUUGUUUUUUGUCUCAAAGAAAGUCCGUUGGAGGGAUUUUAAAUCAAUCUGCAACGAGUGGGAGAAAAUUCUGUGCCCGAACUGCUGAGUUGUGUGGAUGGUAUUUAUUCAUAAGAAAGGGUUUUAUUUAUUUUUGGUCAGCAUCACAUUGUGUAGUGCUUUGGUUUCACAAGGGUUAAAAAUGUUGGAUACUGUAAAUUUAAUAAAAUGUAGUAUUUUCAUUGUA